AUGCUCACCGUCUCCAUCCUUUUCUCACCACCAGUCCUGACUGGCCACCUCUACCUUGCCACAGUGUACGGCUCGGGCUCAGGCGCGCGUUCCCCGCCGCCGUUGCAGCAUCCACGCCCCAAGCACCCGCCCUCCCAGAUCCCGUCCACCUCACCACCCCCACCCGACUUUCUCCCCAACGACUCGCGCUCGUACCAACGCUUCUCGUCUCCUCCCAUUCAUCACCAACUUGCGCCGCCGCCACAGCAGCAGCAAGGAGGUGGCGGCGGCGGCGGCGAAGGCGGCGGGUACUACGCCGCAGGAGCCGGAGCUUCCGGUUCGUCGAGGAAUAUCCCACACCAAGCAGGCGGAGCACACUAUGGCCACCCACUGCAACAACAGUGGUCACCUCAACAAUCGCACGCACAGGGCUACCCCGACGCCUACAUCCCUUCAGGUCACCAAGGGCCGACCACGAGCCACUCGGCUUACUCGGCCCAUUCCCAAGCCCCGUCACAGCAGCAGCAACCACCACCCCCAUUCGCAGCGGCCGGUCGAGCAGAAGGCGGUGGCGGUGGCGGUAAUUGGCUUUCGGGCGGGAUCGGUCAAGCUGCGGGUGCGGUUGGGCAGGGAGGUAUGCCUUCCUGGCCCGGGAUGAACGACGCCACGACCGCGAUGGGCGUCCAGUUCGGUAAACACGCCUUCGACGCUGGGCAAGCCUACCUCGACAAGAAUUUCACCCGUCUCUUACCGUUGGCGCAUCUCAAGCACUCGUUCAACGUAUCCAACAGCUACGUCCUGCAAAAACUUCGUCUCGUGUUGUGGCCAUGGCGACAUCGUCCUUGGUCGCGUUCGCUCAAGCGCUCCGAAAGUUCCGGUGUCGCCGAGGGUUGGAAACCGCCUCGCGACGACAUCAACUGCCCCGACCUUUACAUCCCCGUCAUGAGCGUCGUGACCUACAUCCUCCUCUCCGCCAUCAUCGCCGGAAAGCAAGGGCAAUUCGAUCCGCGGAUCGUCGGACAAACGGCCUCGAAAUCGUUCGGAAUCCUGGUGCUCGAAUUCAUUUGCAUCAAAUUGGGGUGUUACCUUCUGGGAAUAGGGGAGGAAGGCACGGUCGUGGAUAUGCUUUCGUACGAAGGGUACAAGUUCGUCGGGGUCAUUGUCACGCUUUUGGCGGGCUUGGUCGGCUUGAAGGGGUGGUCGUAUUGGGGCGUGUUUGGCUAUGUGUUUUUGGCCAACUUCUUCUUCCAGGUUCGUGAUCACCCGCUCAUACCCUUCCCAGCGUUGUAAACCUAACGAUGCUUUUCACAUCCAGCUCCGUUCCCUGCGGCACAUCGUCCUGCCCGACCCGAACAACAUGACCACGCCGAUGGAUUUCGUCGACCAAUCCACUUCGUCGUCGAACCAUUCGAUGGGCAUGGGCACCUCCACCGGCGUUUCGCACGGUCAGAGGUCGAGGAGGAUUCAGUUCCUCUUCGUCGUCGCGGCGUUGCAGGGCGUUUCGAUGUUCGUUUUGGUGCAUUUCUGA